AUUUUUCUUACUCGACAUCACGAUGGUCCUCGCGUUCUGGAAGAGAAAAUGCUCCAUCUGCAAACGAUGUUGUUAUUACGAAGGAGCGGAAUAUUUGCCGCGUAAAGACGAGGAACCGCUCCCACUCGAGAAGGAAGAAGCCAAAGUGAGCACUCGCAGAAAGAGAAUUUUUCCUAAUAUCUUACGCAGUAAAGCAUAAAACUAAAUUACCUCAAUUUUGCCACGGUGUAAAUUAGCCACGGCAUUAAUCAGCCAUUCUAAUUAACGUCUCUUGAGCGCGUGCAGAUAAUGAAGCACGACGUAACGACCAGUCUCAGCGACGUCAGGGUGCCGGACGAAUUAAAGACCAUCGUGACGCCCGAUCACUCUUAUCGUAAAGUCGAAUACGCUCGACGACGAGAGUACGUCGAUUCUCCUACCUGCGUCCCCUCGUUAUACAAUUUCAGUAUCGCCCAAAUCCAGACGGAACCACGCGAGACGUCGGUCGUGGAGAGUCAGACCCCGAGCACGGUCGUGAAAGAGACGCCGAUGCAAACAUUUGCCAAAUGCGAAUAUUGCGAACAAUUCAUGCAAACCGCUGUGUCACCCGAGGAAGCUACCAGACAAUAUCUCCAGUGUCCGCAAUGGUCCUAUCCGGCCAUCGUGCAAUUCAUCCGCGGAGGGGCCAGCAUGCCGUGCUGUCCCGGAUGCAAAUGUGCAACGGGAACCGUACCGCAAUCGCAAUCUCAACCGUUAUCGUCGCAACGUAUGAAGUCGGUUCCAACGACUCAAGGACCGGAAACUAGCAAUACAUUGACGAGUGAGGCGACACAGCAGAUUCGAGAUUCGAUGCGACAAAACUCACGACCGGAAUCGCUCAAACCGUCACGAGACUCACCCUCGCCUCUGUCUACGUGAAACCGAACAAGAAGAUUGAGACACCAUCGCAUAAUCCGAGCAAUUUCACACCCAAGCGAAAAGUCGAUACAACGGAAGGGAAGACAGACGGGGAUCUAACGAGUCAAUCCGACCAAGAAUU